AUCGGAUAUGGACGAUGUGGACUGAUCAUGAAAUAAAUGUUUAGAAGUUUAUGCUUUGAAACAGUGGAGUGCAGCAGUUUAUUUGAAAAAAUCAGAAGAUUUCGACGAGAUUAUUUUCAAGAAUGAUAUUGUUUGAGCCUCUGUGAAUACGCUGUUGCUAUUUUGCCAAAGGAAAUUGAUUUACAUCCAUAACCAAAGAGUGUUUUUGAUGGACAACUGUCUCUAUGCAGGUUGUCAACUUGUGACAGUAGCGAUGACGUUGGACAAGAAAAUGAUGUCAGACAAAGAAAUACUUCGGUUUUAGAGCUAUUAUUUUGUUGGAAUUUCUCGUCAGAUGGUAUUGAGUUUCGAAAAUCUUAUUACACACGAAAAUUAUCGUUAUAUAUUUAUUAAAAAAUUCGCGAUAUGGAAGAAGACGAUCAGGAUGUGUACGUAGCACAACUACGUGAGGUUUUUGAGAGUUGUGAUCUUGAAAAGAAAGGAUUCCUCACCAAACAUGGUUUAAUAGAAUUAUGCAAGAAAUUACAGUUAGAAGAUCAAAUACCUAAGCUUAUUGCUCAGUUGCUCGGCAACGAAGAGCAUGGGAAGGUAAACUUUGAAGAUUUCAAGGAAGGUUUUGUCAUAGUGUUAUCAGAUGCAAUUGAUGGACUGACCGUGUCCAGUGGAGAUGAACAUGUGCAAGAAAUUGAAGAACCGCCCAAAAUGGUAGUGAAUGACAAACGUUAUGGCAGAAGAUCGCGUCCUUUUGAUGCAAGAUAUUCAGAUGAAAAUGGUUCUGCAGAUGAUGGCGAUGUUGAGAGUAUUAGUGGCAGUCGGCCAGGUAGUCCUGACAUGAAACCUGAAAAGCAAAGAAAAAUAGACAACCCUGAGGAUGAUCGUGAACAUAAAAUAAACUCGAAAGACAGACGUCUCAGCCGAGCAAAUAGCCAGAAAUUACGCAAACGAGAGUCUUUCAGAAAACGCGAUUCAUUAAGAAGGCAGGAAUCAUUCAAGAAAACAAGUUCUGUUCACACAACCAAGGAAGAAAUUCUUGAAGCAAGUGGCCAGAUCAAUAGUGGAAAUACAUCUAAUAAAUGGAGCCCCUAUCAAUCAAUGGACAACUCCGGUUUGUCUUCCCCAACUGAAGAACAACAGUUAAGACAAAUUUGGAGUGAAGUGAAUGUUGGGGCGAAUGGUUUUCUCGAUAAGAACGAGUUGUCUGUUGUUUGCGAACAUAUUGGCAUGGAUGGAAUUGAUGAAGAUGAGUUAUCUUUGUUAUUUGACGAGUUGGAUGAUGACCACAAUGGUCAAGUCAGUUUUGAAGAAUUUCUUCAUGGUCUUUUCAUGGCACGAGACAAAAGUCAGGAAUCUGAUCAUACCUCUUGUUCUGAUGGAUUGCCUGACGGACUCGAGAGUCCAAGAAAUGCCCUUCCUGGAGGAGGCAAGAAUGCCACAGAUCAGCCAAUGACGUCAACACUGUCCCGUACUGUGAGAACUAUUGAAGGAAAUCUUCUUCAAGUUUUAGAUCCAGAAAAUACAGGCUUGGCAAGGGUUGAUGACGUUAGGGAUUUGUGGCAGGCUCAAGAAAACACAGAAGCUCUUGAAUUACUCAAGCAUGCUGAUAUAGACAGUGAAGGGAAAGUCAAUUUAUCCCACCUCACAUCUAUGUUGGAAUCUGUUAUAUACGAAAAGAGUGAUGCUCUUUGCCAAGCUGUCGUCAGUAUAUUUAAACAUGAACUUUCAUAUAUGAGGAACCAUGUUGAAUCGUGUAAUAUUGAAAAGGAGAAGUUGUUAGAAAACGCGAACAAUUUAGUGCUCGAGAAAUCUGCGUUGAUACGAGAAAGCGAAGAAAGUACUCGCCAGUUGGAACAUCAAUUUGGAGUUAAAUUAAAGCAACAUGAAGAAGCAUUCAAUGAGAAACUCCAACUAGCUCAAAAUCGUGCAGCCGCCGACCAGGAUAAAGCAAUCGCGACAUUUUCUAAAAAAGUCCUGGAACUAGAGAGAGAAAUAGAUCGGUACAAGGCAGAUGAUGCCCGAGUGAAGCAAGAGAUUGGGGAGAGGGAGGAUGAGAUUGGAAGACUGGACUCUACCCUUAACGAAACACAAGAAACCCUUGAAGAGUCGGAGCGUGUUCGUGCAAGAUUAGAGAAGGAAUUAGGAAACGCUGCUGGUCUCUCUAGAAAGCUUGCAGAAGUCGUAAGUGAACGUGACAUUUUGAAGCAACAGCAGGGUCAACAUGCAACGAAAGGAAUAAGAGAAAUGGAAAAAAUAAACAGGCAACUACGUGACGAGAACGAUGAGCUCAAAAGCGAAGUUGAGAUGUUAAAAUCUCAAGCAAAAACAAACGUGAAACGUAACCGUAGUCAUCGUAGACGCACAACAGACAGAAUAACCAGAGUUGGCUCUGUUCUCUCUGAUUACACCAAACCUGUUAUUAUCAAGAGAAAUAAAGACGGAGCGACUUCGUCUGAUGAUUCUGAACGCGAUGAUAUUGAUGGGAAGCCUUCUAUCGUGCGUGUCAGCGGUGAUGGUGGAUCUAAUGAAGAUGAGCAAAAAACAGCAGCAUUAAACAACGAACAAAGAAAAACUAUCGAGGACUUGACGACGAAGCUAAAUGAAAACGCAGAAAAGAUCAAGGAACUUCAGAACACAAUUCGUCUCCAAGAACAAAACAUCAAAACAAAAGAUGGAUCGAUAAAUAAACAAAAAACAUCAUUAGAGAAACUGAAAAAUGAAAUGAAAGAAAAGACGAAUGAUCUCGUUGAAAAAUCAGACGUAAUCGAACGACUUCAAAGUGAUUUAAAAGCAAAAGAGGAAGAGAAGCAGUUGUGCGAAAAUCAAUUACAAGAAAUUCAAAAGAAAACAGACUCGACCAUACGUGACAAUGAGGCAAACAUCAGAAACUUGAAAACUGAGAUUGAGUCUUUAAAACGAAUAAAUAAUUCAGAAAGUUCCGAACUAAAGGAUCGCUUUAAUAAAGAGCUGGGAAACCUUACUUCACAAUUCACCGCCGAGAUGGAAGAUCUUCAACAAAGAUUCAGUGCGGAGAAAGACGAAAUGGAAGCAGAUUUUCAAAAAAAAUACAAGAAACUUCAAGAGGAAUAUCAAGGAACACUUGAGACAAUUACUGAGCUUAAAAGUAGUUUUAAAAUAGAGAAAAAGUUGCUUUUGGAUGAAGUUCAUGAAGAAACGUCUGAGCUUGAGACAGGAUUUGAGAACCAAAAAGAAUUGUUAAAACAGUCUUAUGAAGAAGAACUACAGGCUUGUAAACAGAAACAUUCCGAAGAAUUAGAGAAUUUACAGAAUGCUGUGAAUGCUCUCCGUGAUGAAAAAAAACAACUGGAAGGAUUUUUUGAGAAAGAGAAGCUACAAAUUAAUCAACAGUUCGCAGAAGAGAAAGCUGAAAUUGAGCAGGAAAAGGCUGAAAUAGAGGAACGAAUUUCGGCUGAAUUAGAAAGAGAAAAGCAACGCUAUUUUAGCGAAAAAACAAACUCAACGGCAGAUUACCGAGAGCUUAAAAAUGCGUUAGAAGAACAAUUUAUGCAGGAAAUAUCUAAUUUAGAGAGUAAAUUUUCUCGAGAGAAGCUUGAACUUGAACAGACGGUUCAAGAAUUACGACAGGUUUUUAAUCAGGGAGAAGAUGGGCUUAAAGGGAAAUUGAAAGAAGAUUUUACGCGUUUGGUUACUGCUCAUAAAACAAUGCUGGAAAAUCAAAAUACUAAAUACGAAGAUGAGAUUAAGACUUUAAAAAAUGAAGGAGAGAAACAUAAUGAAGAAAUUAAAAAAUUGAAAGAAGAAAUUUUAAAUUUGAAAGAAGUCCAUGAAGUGGAAGUAGACGAAAUUGAAAAAAGAUUGAGAAGAGAACACGAUAUUCUUGAGCUGGAACUCAUUGAAAAGAACGAACGUCUUGAAACAUUACAAGAUAAAGUUUCGUUAUUAGCUGCUGAGAACUCUACACAAAGCGGGCUGGAAACUGAAAGCGAAGUUGAACAACUUCAUCUUGAGAUCGAGCAACUACGCGAAGACUCGGCAAAGAAAUGUCGCGUACUUGAGCGGACUGUGGAAAGACUUCGUUCUGAAAAGAAUAAUAUUCUUGAAAACGAGUUCAAGAAAUUAACGUCACGCAGUGACCUCGAGAGAAAGAUUGAGAAGUUAGAGAACGAGAAGAGAAGCCUGGCACGAGAACGAAUUAAAACUGAAGAAGAACUAAGACAAGAAAUUAGCAGAUUACAACUAAAAUUAGAUGAAGUACAGGAUUUAGUGAACAGAAGUGAUGAGAAAGUUAUCUUGACAGAUAAGGCAAGAAAGGAUUUAUAUUCGUUGGAACGGACGGUGGAGGAGAUUGAAAAAGAAAGAAAGUCGUUAGAGAAUUCCUUAUAUCAACAAAAUAUUAAAAACACGAGUCUGCAGGAUGAAAUAUCGGACUUAAGACGACGAAAUGUGAAUGUGGAGAAUAGAUACAAAAGUGAAUUAGACGCAGAGCGAGAAAAGGUUAAUCUAGUCCGGACGGAGAUGAGCACAGCAAAAUCAAAGUUCACAAGAGAUUUGUCUGACCUUCAUGAUAAACUAAAGCGAGCUUUGAGUAAUAGUGAAAAAGAUCAAACAGCCAGGGACAAGAUAUUAAAUGAAGCCAAAGUCGAGAUACUAACGCUUAGUAAGAAGCUUGAAGAGAAAGCGAGGCGAUGUCGGGAUCUAGAGGACGAAAGAUCGACGUGGGAGGAGAGAGUAAGGAUGUUAGACCGCCAGAGACGUGAGAUGGAAUUACGGGUGAAGAAAACUCAAGAUUCUGUAGAUGAUCACGUAAAACAACUUUGUAAACAGCUGGAAGAAAGUCGAGCUCGCUGUGUACGUACCGACACAUUGAUUCAAGAACUUUAUAUAGAGAAUGCUGAACUCACUAAAUCUCUUCAGGAAACUGAAGCUUCCCAAAAGAAAGCUGAGAAAAGCAACAGACAACUUGUUGAACAGAAACGAGCUUUACAGAGAGUUAUUUCCAAACUGUGUGGAGCCAAUGCUCUCGCCUAGUAACUAUAGUAGUAACGUCAUCAACCGCAGUUAGCAUACGGCAGGUGGUAAACGACUAGAGCAGUUUAGAGUAAUGUAAUCUAUGUGAUCUACCUUAUUAUAUACUACUAAACGAAUUUCAGGGUGCGAAAAUCUGUGCUCGUUUAAAAGAUAUGGCUUCCUACUCAAACAAUAUGAUAUUUUUAUAUCUUGUAUAGCUAUUAUAUUAUAGAAUAUUUAUAAAUUUUUAUUGUAAAUGUCAGUCGUUCGUUCAUAUUGCUAAAAAACGUUAACAGCUAGUGUAAGAUAUGUAAAAAAAGUU